AUGAGCAAACUCGUAGAGAAGAAGAAGCCCACAACAAAAAAGGUCAUUCAGAAGAAAGGCCACAAAAAAAAUAAAAAGAAAUUUCUAGUCAAGAAAGCGACCUGGCAGACAAAGCCAACGAAGGAAAAGCAGCAAGAGAAAGAAAGCAACCCAGCUCUGGAAAAGGGCGUUGAUGGUGUGAUUGAAUAUGAGGAUCUCGGCAAUAUCGACACUUGGGAUUGGAACGACUCUAAUGUAACUGAUACUUUCCUUUCGGAUGACUUGGGUGGAUUUGUUUGUUUGGAAGAGAUAAGUGAUGUUGAAGUAGAAUACGAAGGUGACGAUAACACUGGCAAAGUGGCAAAGUUUAAGCGUAUCAAAAAGACGGAUCGUAAGCAUGGUAAGAAAGCAAAUCCAACUGCACCUCUAAGCCUGGAAGAAACACAGAACUUUUACGACUUGGAUACAUUUGACGAAAGUUUGGUGAAUGAUGAAAAUACUGAAGAUGCAGACGCUAACGUCGAUGCCGACAAGCCAUUGAAAACGCAAGAAGAUGAUCAUGUUGAGAAUGAGAAGAAGGAAGGGUCUGUGGUUUCCAUAGAUGGAAAGGCAGGCAGUGAUGACGAUGAUAAUAAUGAUAAGAAAGUGCCCACAGCAAACAGUAAAAAACUGAAAACUGAAAAGCCAGCAGAAAACAACAAAGUAAUUGAGAGAAAGGAAAAAACGGACGAGAAAAAAUCAAAAGUCGAGAAGACCACUGCCGUUGAGAAGAAAGUACGCCCUACCGUUGACGAUGUUGAUCAGACAGUAGAUAUUUCUGCGUGGGAUAGUCUAAAUUUGUGCACACCCAUAAGGAACGCUUUGAAGUACAACCAAUUUACGGAACCUACUCCCAUCCAAUUACAAGCCCUUCCUUUAGCUAUGGAUGGCCGAGACAUAGUCGGCUCUGCAGAGACCGGCUCUGGUAAAACACUUGCUUUUGGUCUUCCCAUCAUUCAUUAUCUUGCCACACAUGGUCGUGGUCAGAAGGGAGGGGUGAAGAAUGGUCUUGGCGGUCUAAUAUUGACCCCCACGAGAGAAUUGGCCAUUCAAGUCCGUGACCAUAUCGAAAAAAUGUCAGUUUUUACAGAUAUUCGUACCGUUGCUAUUGUAGGUGGUAUGUCUAUUCAGAAGCAACAACGAUUGUUGAAACAACAGCCUGAUAUCAUUGUUGCCACACCAGGCCGUUUAUGGGAACUUUUUUCUGAAGAUCAUGAAUAUAUGGAUAUGCUGAAGCAUAUUAAGUUUUUAGUGCUGGAUGAAGCAGAUCGUAUGUUGGAAAAGGGGCAUUUUGAAGAGUUGACUAGUUUAUUAUCUGCAAUCUCAAACAAGCGUCAGAAUACAACCGAAUGGCCCGAACAACUCGAUUCUGAUGGGGGAUUCAAGAAGAUUUUGCCUCAAGACGUCGGUGUUCAUCAAACGUUUAUCUAUACUGCAACUCUCAGUAAGGAUAUCCGAUUCAACGUGAAGGCCAAAAAAAGAAAGGUUUUACACAAAGAGAACAAUACAAUGGAGGAUUUGUUAGAGCGGAUCGAAUUUGCCGAUGAAAAACCUGCUCUAGUGGAUGUCACUUCUGAAGACGUUGUUGCUUCCAAACUGUUAGAAGCCAAAGUUGAAUGCCUUCAUACUGAGAAAGAUUUAUACGUUUAUUAUUUUGUCACACGAUACCCAGGACGUACUAUCCUCUUUGUCAAUUCUAUUGAUGCCAUUCGUCGUUUAGUCCCUGUAUUUAAAUUGCUAAACAUCGAAGUUCUGGGCUUACACGCUCAAAUGCAGCAAAAACAACGUUUAAAGAAUUUGGAUCGGUUCAAAGCUAAUCCAAAAGCUGUACUGGUCGCUUCAGAUGUGGCAGCCCGUGGUUUAGAUAUUCCUAUGGUAGAGCAUGUUAUUCACUAUCAAUUGCCUCGUUCCGGCGAGAUUUAUGUUCACCGUAGUGGCCGUACCGCUCGUGCCAACCGCGAAGGUAUUUCAUUGCUCUUGUGCAGUCCUGAAGAAGUGAAGAUUUACAAGAAAUUAUGCCAGACCUUACGUAAAAAUGAAGAGUACCCUAACUUUCCUGUGGAUCUCAGUAUUCUAAGAGCCAUGAAAGAGCGAGUUAGAGUGGCAACAGAGAUUGAUUCAUUACAACAUCAAGAAGCAAAGCAGACUCACGAAACGAACUGGAUGCGUAAUAUGGCAAAGGAAAUGGACAUUGAGUUUGAUGAAGAAACAAUGCAAGGCAAGGGACAUCAGAAAUCAGAUAAAGAGCUCGAAAAGGCAAGAGUGAAGGUGAUGAAUCUAAAGAACCAGCUACACCAGCUGUUAAAACAACCUAUUCUACCAGCUGGUGUGUCGGCUAAAUUCUUGACUGGCGGUGUUAUUGCUGAUUUAGCCGAGAGACUCUUGAACAAUGAUGACCAAAAGCUCCUACCUGCAUCAACAAAAACGAAAGCUAUCGAAGAUCUCCAUCAAGCUAAGAAGAGAAAAAGCUCCCAUAAUUAA